AUGUUGACGUUAUCCCUGAAGAAACGCCUUCUUGGUGCUUACAACCUUGAAAAACGGGCCCCUAUCCAGUGGGGCAUUACCCACGAGAGAAAUGCCAAAGACGACUACUGCAAAGAAGGAAGUGCAACUGUAUUACCGACAGGCAUGUAUAAAAAAAAUAAUAUACAUCAGUCUGGUAUCCUUGGCGCCUCUCCAGAUGGACUCGUUCAGGGGGUGUACAGUGGACCUGUUCACUUGCAGCAAAAUGGGCAACAGCUAUUGUCACUAGACAUCACAGACAUCAAGUGCCCAUUUUCGGCAACGGACAUGACUGUUGCAGAGACAUGCUGCUCAAAUAAAGACUUCUUCUUAGAGCCACCAUCUCAUGAAGGGUUGAUGUUAAAAGAGACCCAUGACUACCGGAACCAAAUACAGGGUCAACUCUACCUGACAGGGACAAAUUGUUGUGAUUUGAUUGUGUGGACCCCAAAAGACAUGCAGAUCAUUCGUAUAGUGAAAUAUGAUUCCUAUUCUUGA